AAGUUAUAUCAAUAACAACCUUGAUCAUAAUAACAGCGUUUGAUUUCAUUUACGUCUGUAACGUAAAAGGAAGUUCACCGUUUCCAUGGCAACUCGACCUCGCCUGCGUAGGGUCACCGAGACGGUUAACGUUAGCACGCUAACUAGCUAGUUUCAGAGGGAGAGCAGAUAUCUGCACAGUACUUUCUCCUCGUGGCUUUGUCAAAAUAAACGAGAUGGGCUGCUGCUUCAGCAAGGAGGCCGGGCCGGGCCAGGCCGGCGAGAGAAGCAGCCUGCUACACACCCCGUGCCAGGACCACAUCCACGACGGCGUGGAGCAAGUGAGGCAGCAGGCCGUGGCGGUCGCGCAACAUGUGUGCCUGGAGGAGGAAGAAGAAGAAGAAGAGGCUGAACUGGGCCGCCAGGAGGCUCGUCCAGGACUUGACGCCAAAGUGCAGAUAGUGGUCCAUGAGAAAUCUCUCCAAGUAGGGAGCUCUGACGAGGCGGAGCCGGAUAUUCUUGUCCCGGCCGGCACGAGCGUUGCGGCGGACUCGGCAGCGGGCUUGGCCCUCUCCCCCUCGCACAGCUGUGAGCCGGCCCCCUACAUGGAGGUGCUCAGCCAGAGUCCGGCCCGGCAAAACAUCCUGGAGAAUGCCACCCGGCGAGCCUUGUGGUUCACUCAGAAUUUUGCGGGUCAGAAGCUCCUCCAGCCAGAAAGUUGUUGGUCCGCUUCCGCUGUCACGGGCAAGGAGGUCUCGCCUGAUUCGAAGUCCGGCUUAGGUCACGACCAGGUUCACCUCAAAAGCGAGGACUGCAUUGUCACAACGACACUGGAUCAGAACUUCCAAACGAGGACUCAGAGGUUCUACAGCAUCUGCUCCAUAGACACCAAUGACCUUGACCACGACGACCACGGCCAGGCGCAGACAUCUGCAGCGUGUGCCGGUCCCAGUCCGCCACAGACCGCCUCACCUCUUCCUCCCCUAUGUCCGCAGUCGCUCGACCUGGCUGUCGCUUCGGGAAGAAUCCCAGGACAUCCGCACGCGGCGAAGGGGACACUCGAAGGCGACAUGUCGAGUUCAACGAAUGCGGCAGAUGACCCGUGUGCCCAAACGUGUGACAGGAUGUCAUUGACAGAGCAGACUGCGUCUUCAGAUCUCCAAAUGCCAACAGGAACAUCUGCCAUUAUUCAGGAAAACCAACAAUCACAUCCGGUCAGUGACAGUCCCAAAGAAGUCCAUUCCUCUCUAGAAACUGACGUUACGGAACAGCACUUCGAGGAAGACGAUAGAUGUUCACUGCAGAGAAGAGUUGAUGAUGACUCUGUGAGUAAAAUCGUCAAAGACGAGCUCCUCCACAGCAUAAGUGACACGCAAGCAUGUGCGCCAACCGUCCUUUUCACCGAGCCCCACCAGCGUGGAGGAGUAGAACCUCCUCAAGUAGAUGACGAAGUUGACUCGAAUGACCUGACGACGCAAACAGAGCAGGAUGCAUCUUCAGCGGUCCAAACCCAAAAGGAAACACCCGUCACUUUCCAGGAUAAACAACUGGAUCACGUCGAACAUUCACAAGGGGAUAGUGUAAGUCCCAAAGAAGACCCUCGUUCGCAUCCCAGCUGCAGUCCGGAACCUGACGUCACGGAGCAACACAACGAGGAAGAAGAUGAACGUGCACUACAGAGAGGAGAUGACGUCCCCGCGAGUAAAAGUGAGGAAGAUGAAGUCAUCCACAGCGUCGCGACUGCCACGCCGCUGUCCACGCCCCAAAUUCUCUCGACCGCGACCCACCAGAGUGGAAGAGUGGAAGUUCCUCGACUAGAUGAUGAAGAUGACGCGCAUGACUGGAUGAAAGUUACGGACCAGAGUGCAGCUCCAGAGGUCCAAACGUGUGCCGGCUCCCAGGAGAACCAACAUUCACGACCAGCUCGCGAAGGUCAUCAAGUCCCUCAUUCCGUUCCGAGCUGCCCUCCAGAACCUGACGCCACUGUGCAACCCGACGGGGAAAAAGACAAAUGUCCAAAAAGUGAGGACGACAAAAUGAUUUACAGAACCCCUGCUCUCCCACAAGUUUGCUCAACCACCCCUCACCACUGUGAAAGUGUCAAAUCUCCUAGACUAGGUGAGGAAGAGAUCAGCAUGAAAGGCAGUUCACCGGCAGUCCAGGCCAUCUCAGACCAGAACACAAGAUCUGGAAGCUGUCACGGGUCUGACGUCGACGUGGUGCACACAAACCUGGAUUGUCUUUAUUCAAAGUCAUCGUUUGAGAAGAAAGGCAACGACGGACAGGAAGUGUGUGAGGAAGCGGCAGGGACGACAGAAGAUCCGAUUGAUCCACCAGAACCAGCGCGCUCAUCUCCGGAGGAAUGUCCAAAAACCUCCGAUUGCUAUUCUUCCCACGCGUGUUUUCCGGACGAGGUUUCAUGCCAGCAGCGGGACGACGGCGUCCCAGUAGAAACAGACCAACUGGACGUUCACGCGCUAACGCCAUCUUACGAGAUCCACUUCCUGGGUCAGGAGGUGCCCGGCGAGGAGUGCGAGGGCGGCAUGCGAGAGAUGGUGUCAGAGCUGCUCGGGGAGGACACCGACGCUCCGGUCUGCCACCCGGAUGGGCAGACCUGCGUCAGGCCCGCGGCGGAGGAGGGCUGCCGGGCGUGGGUCCAGGGGUCGCCGCAAACUCGGGAGGAGAUGACCGCAGAGCUGCAGCCCCUCGCGGUUCUGCUGGGAGCGUUCCCGUACAGUACCGUCAUUCCUCCGGUGGCGUGUGAAUGGGCCUGGCACGUGGGCUGCCAUCAGGUCCAGGCUGGUCCUGUGCAGACCCUGAACCCCGACGCCGAGGUCUGGACUGGAUGCGGCUACAACUUCUCGGAGUCUCAGCAGCCGUGGUUGCACCUCCCCGACCAACAACUGCAUGCGGAGCUGGACCACAUGAGCCUGGCUGAAGCCGAACCCAAAACAGCAGAGAACCACAUCCCACUAGAACAACACGCAGGUGAGCUGAUGGAGCAGCUCAGGUCUGUUUUGGAGCUCUGCCUGAGCAGGGAGCACCUGGCCGGCGACCUGUACCUCCAGUCUCAGAUGGACGACGAGAAGUACGUUUCCAUAGCGACGCUGGCCAGCCUCCACGCUGUCAAGCGUCUCGGCGCCGACUUGCAGCUCGUCACGGACAUUGUAAAAACUCUGCCGCAGGUCCAGUUGUCGCCCUGCGGGCAUAAAGUGCGAGCUGGCCACCUUCAAUAUCUCCUCAUCCUGCGGGAGAUCCCCAGCAGCACCUCACGCGAGGAGGUGGAAGCGCUCUUCAGCGACGAGAAGCUGCCCAAGUUCCUGAGCUGUGAGUUUGUGAGCAACGACAACUGGUUCGUCACCUUCAGAUCGGAGGCCGAGGCCUACCAGGCCUACAAAUACCUGCGAGAGGAGGUUCGGGUGUUCCAGGGGAAGCCCGUCAUGGUGAGGAUGAAAGCCAAAUCGACGACCUUCACAUCCCGUGCGCCUUUGAGUGGCUACGGCCCAACCCAGCCCAGCAUCCUGUCCGAUCACCAGCCGUCCUAUUUGCCGCCGGACGCCUACCAGCAGUUUUUCGAUUUCACCUACCCCCCGUGGUCUGAGUCGGGAUACUCGGACGGCGUUGAGACGCUCAAGCUCAACGGCGCCCCGAACGGCUUCCCAACAACGCGCUACUUCCAACCUCAGGUCCCACGCAGGAGCAGGAGGGGUUCCAGGUCGUCAGGCUCGGAUCAAAUCAGGAGUCAGAAGGAAUAUUCUUACUCGGCGGACAAAACCUCGGAGGAGCUCCCUGCUUCCUGGAGGCCGGCUCGAGUGUGGUCCCACUCCAGAGGCAAUGGGCCUCAUCACAGCAGACGGCCCAACAGGCUGACCGCAGGAGCACACUCAGUGGGAGGAAGGCCUGUAAACGGCGGCCAGAGGAGGAGAGAGAAUCACUGGUCUGUCGCCAAGACAGAUGGAGUGCGGAAUAAAGAGGCGUCACCUCCCCGCCCGCCGUCUCCCAUUGAGCUCGGCGUCGCGAAUUUCCCUCCCCUACACGUGAAAAAGACGCCCGAACCAGCAGAACCUUCGUCCACCUCCGCCGAUCACGUCACUAGUGAGGCGCCCCAGAAGUUGAGCUACGCCGCCAUCUGCCAGAAAUCUUCCCCCGGUAGGUCGGCGCUGCCCACCGAAGAGAAGUAGAUGGAGGAAAACACCGUAAGUGCAACGUUAACUUGCACCUGCUGGACUUUACUAGCGCUGUUUUCACGUCUGUUCUUUUUCCACAUGCUGCGAUAGUCGUUCGUGUGUGCGCGUUUUGUGUUUGUUGCGAGCGGCGCUUCCUCUGCGCUCGACGUUCACUCUUCACUCACUCUCCGUUAGCGAUGUCGGUGACAUUUUCAAAAAGUCGCACAGUACGAUUUCGAUGUUUGUUUUGUUUCUUUGUCUCUGCCUGAGUUUCAGUAUUUUAUUUUCAUGUAACUCUGGGAUCUAUGCAAGUGUUGUGUGUUCAUGCAAAUGUGACAAAACUUAGUUUUGCCUGAUUUUGUACUUUCAAAUUUCAUCUCUAAAUAUAUGAAUAUUGUACUGUUUACAUCUAACUGUUCUUUGUAGUCACUUUUGGCCAAUUUCAAGGUAGUACGGAGAAUGUAUAUUAAAAAAUAAUUCAGGUUUUAUAGGCACUUUGCUUGAAAAAAAGAUUUUGAAAGGGUUGUCAUUGCUUAAAAUAUUAUUCAGUAAAAAGAAACCAAGAAAAAAAUCAUGUCUUUUGGCCACAAAAGACACAGUAAAAUCGGGAAGAUUUUUUAAUUUGGUGAUUUUAAAAUUUUUUUGUCCGGGUUGUAAACAUUUGAGUUCCCAUAAAAGGAGAAAAGCA